AAUAUCCGAUAGCUAUAUGCCAAGUAGCUAUACACAUAUAUACAGAAAUUUGAUACCUAUAACCGGAGUACAGGUUAUGGAUCGAAUGGCAGUGAUCCGCAGUUUCCAAUCUAUAAUGUGAUAUUUCAUACUUGGCUAUAAAUAUAAUUAGUUUACAUGUUAUUAUAAUGAAUUUAAAGCCAAUUUUUGUUUACUACGAUCAAAUUCUUUGAAAAUAUACAUAAUGAUUUUAAUAAGAUGACAAGUUUGCAAUGCCAGAAACCUCGCAUUACCGGUGCUGUAUUAUAGUAUUGAAUCGAGAAUAUGUAUACAUAUACUGAAUGUUAAAUUUUAUAAUGUUCGAAGUAGUGUUUCGUUGUGAUUUUGUAUAAAUAAUAAACAAAGUGUUGAUUGUUAAUGUAUUGAGAAAAAUUAGUAUGAUCCACAUCUAAGGAAAAGUUCAAUAUUAUCUGCAUAUAAAACAAGUUCUCACUCGAAAAAUGAUACAAAAAAGGCUGGAAUGAGUAAUGAACAAAAAGUGAUGUGAUAGAAAAAUUCAACGCGUGUUUAGUUGUGUUAUAUAUAUUGGUGCAUGUCAACGCCUAUAUUAAAAAAAAAUGACUACGCAUAAGGAAAAUUCUGCAUCGUACGAAGAAAGUCUCGAAAUAUCUAACGAUGAGAAGGAAACGAUCAAGAAUGAAAACGAAAAAGAACAAUCGAUGGAAAGACCGAAAUGCAGACUCGACGCAAACGGCCGAUUAAAUCUGGAAGAUAUUUUAUUGUCUUUCAAUGGACCAGUUAGUCAGGAACAAGCAUGGGCAUUGUGUUAUCAAACGGCCAAGAGUUUGUCACGUUUACCAGACAACAAUUUUUAUGAACUUUCACAGUUAUCACAAAUUGUCCUUCACAAGGAUGGCGAUGUUUGGCUUGACAAUCUAAUCGAAUCAAAACAACCCCAUGUUUCUGAGCAAAAGGCAGUGUUCUCAUUGGGUAUGAUGAUCUUCAAAACGCUUGAUUUCGGCCUAGAUGAACAAGAAGAAAGGCCAUUGUCGCCAGAUUUAGAAGCUCUUAUCACAUUAAUGACUAGGGCAGAUGAAGAAUGUGAAGAAACGGAAGAACGUCCGCAGGAAACGGACGAUGAAGGCAUUGAGCGGGACUCUAGCGAUGCUGAUGUAGAUGAAUAUUUAGUACAAAAAACGAAUGAUACAUAUGAAGAAAGGCAUUUAAUGUAUUCAUUAAAAAAUGUAAUGCACUUAUGCACCAGGCAUAUGCAAACGUCGGUUGAAUCAGCUGAAGCUCAUUACAAGGCUGUAAUACGGGCAUUUGUUGCCGAAGCUUUGGAACUGUCACAGUUUUUGGAUACAGUGGCAGCUGAUAAAUUGCAAGCUAGUCAAAGGGAAGCUGCUAGUAAUGGCAGCAAUAAACAAAACUCAAUGUCUGUUCAGAACCUUGAUACAUUAGAUUUCAUUGAUUGGACUGACAUUAGGAUUUGGAGGGCUAUACAAGCUCGAUUUUGGGUACAAGUUAUUCAAGAGUUGAGAAAAGGAGUAAAACUGAAAAAGGUAGAAGCUAAUUUGGGUUCAUCAAAAAAUACUACUCGUGGACGUGGGAAAGGUGCAGAAUUUGAAUUAACGCCUUACGAAAUCUUGAUGGAUGACAUCCGAGAGAGAAGAUAUCGUUUAAGGAAAACACCGUCACCAACGCCUCAUUUGCGAAAGGACGCACAUGCUGUUAUCCUUGAAUUUAUUCGAAGUAGACCUCCAUUAAAAAAGGCUUCGGAGAGACAAUUACCACCACUUCAGAAGGAGUGGACUUUAUGGGAAUUACUCAUGGAAAGCAUUAAAAAACCACCUAAUUUAAGAUCAUCGCGCAAUAGAUACGUUCCUAAGAAUGAAAGAACGUCCCCCCAAAGUGAGUACAUCCAGAGAAAUGAAAAUGAAUCAUCCACAUCUUCAAGACCGCGAAGGGAGCAAGAAAAUCUCGAAAAUUCUUCAAACAAAAAGAAAGUUAUUCACGUGGAUUUUGAUUUAAAGCUUGAUGCCGAAGAUGAGGAUGACGACGAAGACUACAACGAUGAACUUGCAGUAACAAAAUUCGAAGAAGAAGAUGAAACAUCACACUAUUGGCAACUUAAAGAAGGUUAUUCGUUUGUAGAUAGGGAUAGUGCUCGUAAUAGGCAUAAAGAUCAUAGGGACGAUGACGAAGCAGGCUCUGCAAAUCCUUGGCGGAAAACGGGUGGGCUGCGUCUUACGAGAAACGAGUAUCACCGAUUUUGUGAUGCUCAACUUGAAUCUUAUGAUCUCGCAACACAAUGCCCAUCUAGAAGAGCAUCAGCUCGAAAACAUGCAGCUAAGCGUAGUAUAGCUCUUACAGCGCUAACUGGAACUACUUCUCUUCCUCAUUCAAGACCUCAGAGUCGCCAGCACAUAGGCGUGACUGAGUCGACAGUGAGUCAAGGCCCGAGUCCUAAUAUUAGUCUGAAUCCUAGUCCUAGUUUGAGUCCUCAGCCAAGAGCAAGGCAACCACGUCGGUCGCAUACCAUUGCUGAAGGUACAAAAGAUUCCGAAGAUCAAAACGAAGACUGGCAAGAUGACAAAGGACAGAAGCCUACAUUAGGUGAUAUGUUCCUGGACGAAAGACUUUCUCUAACUCUUGAAGAGAUUGUGCAUAUACGUAGUGUUCUUACCAAAGCCGAAUUGGAAUCUCUACCCGUAGAAGGGCGCGUGAAAGAAGAUGUAGAAAAGAGACGGGUCUGUUUUCUUUGUUUGAAAACUAGAUUUGGAUUGUUAGGACCUUGGGGACAACGUUGUCGUUUGUGCGAAAGGACUGUAUGUGUAAAAUGUUACUCCAAAAUGCGAAUUCCAACAGAGCAUUUUGCCCACGUUCCAGUAGUUUUAUUGUCGCCUGGUCUUCUUCUUUCCCCAUCAUCCUCAGAACCUGAUACCAGCAAAAGUUCUUGGCUUAGAGGCAGCGGUGCAGCUGGAUCUGCACCGGCAUCACCAGCCUCUAGGCGUAAAGAUUCGUCGUUGAAAAGUGUCACGCCAUCAUCAACGCCAACUACGACACCCGUUUUGAUACUAACACCGACUUCUACACCGCCUUCUCACGCGCGCCGUGAAAUGGAGAAUCAAGAAAAAAGUUUUAUAUUUAAAAAAUUAUAUAGAAGCUACAAAGGCAGCGGUAGUCCAGCAAACGUUUCAUCACCGAAAGCAUUUCCGACUUUUGCUAAUCAAAGCUCGGAACAACGACUUGCCGCAGAACGAUUGCGGGGUGUUUCUAUGGUUGUCUGUCACGAUUGUCGCAUAAUGGUUAUACAAAUAAUUAAGAGUUCAAGAACCACACGGGCUACGAUACGCAACAAUGUUAUAUCACGACUUACUUUGAACCUCUCGCCAGCCUACGUUUAAAUUCUUCAAAAACGAAGUUCCACGCACGAGAUUUCUAUUUAAAAAAAAAAUAGCGCAUCUUGUUUUUGAUUCUAACGAUGGGUAAAAUGCUGUUAUGCCAAUAAGUGAGACACAUAGCUUAGAUUUAAUUCUCCUUGUACCAGUGUCUUCUUGUUCCCCGUAUGCUAUUAAUCUUCUAUAAAUAGCUAGUAUCUCUAAAACAACGAGUGAAUCAAGUGUUACGAAUUGUGAUUGUAUAUUGAAGGAUUGGGUAUAUUAGUUCUAAAGUUGAAUAUUUAAUUUCGACAGGAAAUUGUAAAUUAUUAUUUAAGUGUAUUAUUUAUUAUUUAUUAUUUUUGUUAUUGCUAGUGUAUGAUUUUCAUGAAAAAUCUAGUACUUAAAGAGAACAAAAGUUUCAUUUCGCAUUUAAAAAUGAUAUACUUGGUUGAAAGUAUAGCAUGCAAGAAAAAUCAAGUUGAAACAUAUUUAAGUGAAUAUGGGAUGUCAAAGAAAAAUCUAUAAAAUUGGCACACAGUGGCAUCUAAUAUAGUCUACUAAUAUAACGCGUACUACUACAGUACGUACUUACAUUCAGGCUUAUACUUAAGUAGAUCGUUAAUGCAUGCAAAUUUAAAAACGAUACGAUUAGAAUUAAGUGUUUCAUUAUGAUGGCUAAUGUUCCGUUAAUGGUCCUCGAUGACGAUGAAUCGUUUUUGCUUCCCAAUUCAAUAAUUACUAUUAAUAUUAUCAUAAUAAUAAAAGUAAAUUAAUCAAGGCGAUUAUAUUAUUAAUGCGCUGUGUGCAUUCUCAGUUCAUAAAAACUGAGAAUUCUUGUUUAAUUCGAUUCAUUUUCUCGAAGACAAACGUGUACAUAUAUGUUCCCUUUGCUCCCACAUUGUUGUGAACCCCAAAUCUAAAGAUAAUAUCGCAUUUAACGUAAAAUUUAGUUGAGAAAAAUUAUCAUAAGCAAAUCAAUAAGUGAAAGAAAAUUGUUCAGACACUAAUCUAUAUCGAUGUGCCAGAAAGUUCGUUUCUCAAACGAUCAAUAAAUAUUAAUGAUAUAUUGAUCAUCUGAGAUCUAAAUAAGAUUGACGAAAUCAAGUUAAAAUAAAUUAUACUAUUUCAUAGAGAUGUUUGGGUACCCGACAUUUCAGGCUCAGCUCAAGUCGGGUCAAGCAAAGUCAAACGAAUUCGGAUGUGUAUCCGAGUCGUACGAACUCUUGGGUAGUACGAUUAUUUUAAGUUGCAGAAAAUUGAUCGAACUGAAACAAAAUCUGACAAUACUCAACUGAAUUUAAACGGGUUGAAUUAAAUUGCAACACGUUGAAGAAAAUAAUUUUUCCUUCGACUUAAUUCGAUUUUAAACGGGCUACUCAAGAGCCCGUAUCUCGGAUUUGUAACCAAAUUCGUUUAGCAUUUACUAAUCUGACUUGACAUAAUUCAAUUACAAAUAUAUCCCUAUUUAUUAAUGCAAAUACUUCAGUUGCAUAAUAGCUAAGCGUAUAGCAGUUGUACCAUUAUUUAAUUUUCAUUUGUACAUAUUGCCGAUUCUUUUGUAUUCGUAACAUAUUUACUUUUAUUUACAACCUUCACUAAUAAUCUAACGAAGAUGAGAGGUACGCAUACAUAAGCACACACGUACAUUUAACCAGUAAAAGAAUCAAUCAAAUAACCCCGGAAGAAAUUAUCGCUUUUUGCGUCCGUCUGACAUUAAUUUAUUUUAAGAGAAAAUAUAUUUAUUUCAUAACAGAGGGUCAAAGUCGGAUGCACAACUGUAUUAUAAGCGUGUUUUCAUCAUAAUUCGUGUUAAUUUAAACUUUUGUAUAAUAUUUGUGAUAUUAAUUUAUUAUUUUGUAUGUCUGGUAUUUAUUGUAAUUAUUUAUUUGAUUCAAUGGAAUCACGAGAUAAAAUGAUUUCUUUAUAUUGUA